AUGAAGGCCUUUCUGGUGAUAGCUGCACUAGCUGUGGUGGGCUCAGCUGCCCCCGGCAACUAUGCCAACCUCAGGAGUGCUGCUCUCCCCGCUGACCUUGGUCUGAAGACCAUAAAGGUGGAUGAGCUCAAGGCAAGCCCUAUCGGCCUGAAGAGCGCCACCCUCGGUCUGAGGACCGCCGCUGUCGGCUUUGCCGCCGCCCCCGCCAUUGGCCUCAGGGCUGCCCCUGCGGCCAUCGGUCUCAGAGCUGCCCCGGCUGCCAUCGGUUUGGCUGCUGCCCCCGCCAUCGGUCUGAGGACCGCCGCCAUUGGUGUGGCCGCCCCCGCCAUCGGUCUCAGGGCUGCCCCGGCCGCCAUCGGUCUUAGGACCGCCGCCAUCGGUGUGGCUGCUGCUCCCGCCAUCGGUUUGAGGGCAGCUGCCCCUGUCGCUCUGGCUGCCCCCGCUGUGAGGUACGCCGCCGCUGCCCCUGCCGCCGUGGCCGUGGCUGCCCCCGCCAUUAAGUACACCGCCGCCCGCGCCGCCGUCAUCCGCCAGAACGUCGAGAUCCCCGUCACCAAGACGGUCCACUUCGCUGACCAGCAGGUCGUCACUGGACACACCACGAGCAUCCACAAGCCGGCCAUUGCUGCCCCGGCCAUCGCUGCUCCCAGAACCCUGGUCGGCAAGACCAUCACCAACCCGGCCACGCUCAGCGUGCGCAAGUACCCCGCUGAGGUCAAGACCAUCAACCACGUGCCCCAGCCGUACGAUGUGCCUUACGAUGUGCCUGAGCCGACCGCCGCCAUCCACGCCGCCCCCGCCGUCGGCCUGAGGACCGCCGCCAUUGGUGUGGCCGCUCCCGCCAUCGGUCUCAGAGCUGCCGCCCCCGCCGUCGGCCUGAGGACCGCCGCCAUUGGUGUGGCCGCUCCCGCCAUCGGUCUCAGAGCCGCUGCCCCUGCCAUCGGCCUGAGGACCGCCGCCAUUGGUGUGGCCGCUCCCGCCAUCGGUCUCAGAGCCGCUGCCCCUGCCAUCGGCCUGAGGACCGCUGCUAUCGGUGUCGCCGCUCCGGCCAUCGGUCUGAAGACCGCCGCCAUCGGUGUUGGUGCCCCUGCCAUCGGUCUCAGGGCGGCUCAUGGUGCCAUCGGUCUUAAGACCGCCGCCUUCAACGUGCCGGCUGCCGUCGACAUCAAGGCGCUCAAGGCCCAUAAAUGGUAA